UUUAUCUUGUUAAUUCUUUCAAUAUUUCUAAAUCGCGGCAAAAACGUUAAUGUAAUUAUUAAUAGAUUUUUUGCGUUUCAUUCGUCUUAAGAUUUGUCAACAUACAACAAACGUUUUAAUAAAACGCAACGUGUUUGUGUAAAUGACCUAAAAUUAUACACUUUUUAUUACACAAAUAGGACAUAAAUGGUAUUGCGGUAUACAAAGGAAAUCAAGAGUUUUAUUGUACGACAACUCGGCCGAUAAAUUUAGCAAUUUAUUGUUGCGCGGAUUGGCGUCAAACGAGAAGCAAACGCUUGUCUGUCGAAAUGGCAAUGGCAAGCGGGCGCAGUUGCGGCCCCACGCCUUGUGAAAUGGUCGUAUCAGAACCUAUAUUAAUUUCGCUACUAUCCGAUGGGUUUUGUUAAUCGCGAAUCCGAUGGACGCCGUGCGUUAACGCUGACAAAUCAGUUUUUAUUACCGUAUAAAUAUAAAUAUUUCCGUAUUUUAUUAAAAUGAUAUUAGCACUAAUUUAAAACAAAUAAACAAAUAAAUAUCACUGAAGCAUGAAGUGGCCCAGAGUUGUGAUUUUUUUAAAUAUUCUAGUGACUAAGUGCUGGACGAUGACUCGAAGUGAAUUAGAAGAGUUCAGUGAUUUUAUACAUAAAACGUCACAGUUGGAUUUAAAUUUAAAAAGUAAUCCCGAUGUGGAGGGUGACGAAGACGACGUGAUACAGGACAAUGCGUGGGAGGAGAGCGGCAAGUUUGAAGGAGACCUUAUCCUGAACGACCGGCAGCGGCGCGUCAUCGUGGAAACCGUCGCUGAAGGGUUGUCAAGAAACGGCCUUCGUGAUACUACCAAAAGAUGGCCAGAUAAUGAAGUUAUAUACUUCAUACAACGUGAACACUUUAAUGAUGAUCAAUUGCAAGCCAUACAGAGCGGUAUUGAAGAUCUAGCACAAGCGUCCUGUAUUAAAUUUCGGCCUUACCAAAAAGGCGAUCGAGACGCGGUUGUUAUACAGGGAAGUAGACGCGGUUGCUUCUCCCAGGUGGGUUACCAAGGAGGUUACCAAGUGCUGAAUUUGUACGGACGACACCCAGUCGGUCGAGGCUGCUUUAGGCACGGUACCGUGGUGCAUGAGCUGCUUCAUACCCUCGGCUUCUAUCAUAUGCAGAGCAGCCCCGAUAGAGACGACUACAUCGAUGUCCUCUGGGAAAACAUACUUCAGCCCGCCAGACAUAACUUUCGAAAAUACAACACAUUUGCCGUUUCUGAUUUCGGCAUCGGUUACGACUAUGAAAGCGUUUUGCACUACAGUAGAAAGGCGUUCUCAUCAAAUGGACAAGAUACUUUAGUACCAAAACAGAACGGAGCCAAUAUCGGACAAAGGCUUGGAUUAUCUGAUAAGGAUACACAAAAACUUAAUAAAAUGUAUUGUGAUGCUGACUCCAGCAGUGACGACGAAAGCCAAGUCCCUCUACGAAAACCAAAUAAAAAGGAGAAUUCUAAAAACAAACCGUUCGAAGGCCAUGGAAUUGGCUACCAACAAGGUAAAACUGUGGUUAUUAAACUACCAGCAGUAAAAACUUAUCGAUUACCAGAUAUACCAAAAUUUCAUUUGUUUGAUUAUUUUAGUAAAGCGCCACAAGUCUUGUCGCAAACGCUUACCGAAAAAAAAGGAAGUAGAGGAGGUGUAGUUUUACAGCAUGAAUUAAUUGCACCAAUGCCAGCUGAUGAAAGGCGCCCAGUCCUAUCAAAAAAUGGACUUCUAGAUCAAUUUAGAAUUAUAGAGAUGAGACCAGAAGCCGAAGACAGCAAAAUCUCUCCUCCCAUACCAAAGGAAAAUUUCGAGAAUUACAAAUCAAACAUAAAACAAUACAUUAACAAUAUUAUGUUUGCCAAUAAAGACGAAAAGGAUGACCUUGAUAAGGAUAAUAAACCGAUUAAAUCAGACGCAGUUAGUCAUGGUGAAGGUCGUGAUUACCCUAUCGAAGUAUCAGAUAUUUACAAAAUUAAAAAUGAUUAUAGCGGAUUUUAUACGACCGUACCAGUCAAAGACAAAAUAGUUAAUUAUAACACUAACAUGAAUAGACAUGUUAAUGAAAAUAAUUCUGAUAAUGUUCCUCAUAGACCUAAUUCAUCAUAUUAUGGUAGUAAAGAUUUUAGCAAAGACAGUAAUGGUAAUGAUUUCGAGGAAGAGAGAGAUUCAAGUUUCAAAACAUUAAAUCCUGCAUACAAAGAAAAUGUAUACAAAUUUGUACCGAGACUUAACGAAGAAAACUUUUAUCACAGAGACGUUUUUAAAGGUUAUGAACCUAGUAUUAAAAAACCAUCUGGUGGUGACUGGAAUAAUAAUUAUGAAUUUAAAGCACACAAUGAUGAUUACAAUUUAGACGAGGAAAAAAAAGAUUUCCAUCAGUUAGAAAUGAAAAGCCCUAAAAGUGAUAAGCGUCAGCAAUUUGCAAUCGCUGAUAAUACUGAUUGGGUAUAUAGGUUUUAAGUUAGUUAAAAGAUUUGUGUGAUAUGUUUUUAUAAUGUUAUGUCUUA